AUGGACUCCACAAAGAGAAGACCACAGAAUGCAGUAAAAGAACCGAUAAUAGGGUCACCAUUGUCUGAUCCUGGCAUACCUUCAUUUUCCACUUCACCACAAUCAAUGUUUAUAGAACGAACGCAAUCACUUGAUGCUCUUCAAGAUUUUGAUUUUGUUCAAGGAUCGCCUUCUGCUCAAAGUGAGAUCGAUGUCAUCUUGGACGACGGCACGACUCAAAAACGAACGGUAUCUUUAUCGACAAUACCCGACAUAGAUGAAAGUCCAGAUGAUCGUACUCCUUUAUUAUCAUCCCAUAAGGCCAAGUACCAAGCGACAAACAGUCCUUUGAUAUCUUCUUCGUCUUCCGAUAGCGACUCUGACGAACCCUUUUUCCCUGUCCGACGUAAAAAGCCACACCGCAAACAUCAUGCUAUCAUAGAUGACGACGAUAACAGCACGAGGUUCGCCAUGCUCUGGGGCAAACUAUGGGCUCGACUACAACUGACUCCAAGUCAACGAUUGGUAUUAAAGUGUAGUUUUGCCUACCUGUUAGGCUCUCUGUUUACUUUCAUACCUGCCUUGAAUCGAUUGAUCGGUAACAACCAUACGUCAAGUCAUCUGGUAGCCACAGCCACCGUCUUUUUUAAUCCGGCCAAGACACUCGGUGGCAUGCUCGAGGCUGCUGCUUAUGGAUGGGGCUACGUUCUCUUUGCUGUCACGCUCUGUCUAGGUUCCAUGUUCACUACUGACUACUUUAUUGACCGCAACCAUGAGACGAUCGCACACUGUAUCUCUCUUUUCGUUUGGCUCGCAGGAGCCACAUUUACGGUCUCGUUCUUAAAAGCGCAUUGGAAUAAACCACCGGUAGCGACGGCAUCCUCACUCUGUUUCAUCACCAUCUUUAUCAUCGUUGUGCGUGAAGGCUCAGUCAACCGAGGCGAUUUUGAUACGACCCGUAUCGAACAGAUCACGUCCGCUGUGGCCACGGGCACACUCAUCACUGUGGCCUGUUGUAUUCUGUUUUGGCCCUCGUCUGCAGCAAGUAAGCUCAAGAAGGACCUAGACGCCUCACUCGCCUCCUACCGUGUUUUACUCAAGCUUUUAACCAAGACGUUCUUGCUUGACGACGAUUUACCCGAAUUUAAGGCGAACCGUACACUCCAGGCCGCCAUCCAAUCACAUCAGGCCAGUUUUACCGCCCUCCAGAAAUCGCUCAAGGAAGCCAAACUCGAGUCGUUUUGGAACAGUGAAGUGCGUGGCAAGACUCAAGAAUACGAUCAGAUUGUCAAGAGCAUGCAGCGACUUGCUCAGCACAUGGGCGGCCUUCGAAGCAGCUGCGGUAUCCAGUUUGAGAUGAUGGGUAGCGAGGCUACACAGCAAUACAAGGAGAUGGCGCGAAACAAGAAACAAAAAUCACUUUUUGGUGGAUCAAAAACUCAGAGCAGCUUGAUGACAAGUGAUGUCAAUUGGAACGUACGAGCUGGGUAUAGACGACGAAAGCUUCAGGAUGAGAUGCGCAAACAACGGUCCCUUGCGUUUGAUUCAGAUGUUGUCCUAAAUACUCCUUCCACCUCAAAAGUAGAAGAAAAGAGUACGUCCCUGUUUGAUUUUAUCCAGACUAUUCGACCUCCACUCAAAUCCCUUGCUUAUACCUGCAAACAGACCCUUUACCACUUACAGAGCAGUUUCACGUCUGGAGUUAAAAACCCUACUCCUUCCAUGUCCCUACUCAAGACGAACCUCCAAAAGGCCAUCUCGCUUUUUGAAGCAUCACAAAAACAUGCCAUUCAAAAGUUAUAUCAGAAACGACUGGACUACUUGCGAAAACAUAGACAGGGCACAGAUAAAGAAGUUGAGACAGAGGCUGUCGGCAGCAUCUUGGGCGAAGAAGUCUUUUUGGUGUAUUUCUUUGUGUUCAAUAUGACCGAAUUCGCAAAAGAACUUAUUACGCUCGUAGAGAAUAUGCAGAAACUACACGAGACGAAACAGGUCGGGUUCUUCACUUGGCUGUUCUCGUGGAGAAAAAAGACAGUGAGUACAUCUUCUGUCAAAACAACACCUUUUAUUCCAAACGAACGCAACACGUUUGAUACACUGCAUACACCUAAACCAAAGACGAAAUGGCGCAAAUUCUUCAUUCAGCUCUGGAUGACAUUUUCGUUAUUCAAAUUGCAGAAAGUAAGGUAUGCAACAAAGGCAACCAUCGCUGCCGUUUUACUGGCUCUGCCUGCGUUUUUAGAACCGACAAAGGAAUGGUUUAGAGAGUAUCGUAUGGAAUGGGCAUUGAUUACAUUGAUGGUUGUGAUGACGCCCACUGUAGGAGGAACUAACUUGGUGGCCGUAUACCGUAUCUUCUCAACGAUUCUUGGCUGUUACUCUGCCAUGAUCUUUUACAUGCUCUUUCCGGCCAACAUGUAUGUCUUGCCGAUCAUCACCUGGCUGUUUUCAAUUCCCAACUUUUGGAUGAUUCUCAACAAUAAACACGGCAAGUUUGGUCAGUUCACUUUGCUCGCUUACAAUCUGGUCAUGCUCAACAAGUACAACGACCGAGACACAAACGAGGUUGAGGUAUGGCGAUUGGCAAUGCAGCGUUGUUUUGCCAUCUUGGUCGGUGUCGUCUUUGGUUUGAUCGCCACAGCCUAUGUCUGGCCAUACGAGGCACGUGUUGAACUUCGAAAGGGUCUCUCUGACCUCUUACUGCGUCUGGCCUGGCUCUACCAAAAACUGAUCUCGCUCUAUGCAGAUGUACCCAUCAAACUGAAGCAGCCCUUGGAUCCACGCGCAUCUGAAACCCAGAUCUUGACGUACGAAGCUCAGGAAAAAUUGGCGACACAGUCGUUUAUGGACCUUGAACUCAGCUUGCAGCGAUCACUCAUCGAGCUGAACGAUUUACUUUCACAGACACCAAACGAGCCUCGCCUGAAGGGGCCGUUCCCUAUCAAUACAUAUCGUACCAUGCUGCUGUCUUGUCAAAACAUUGUCGAUCGGUUCUUGUCGAUGCGUACCGUCAUGCUCAAGGAUGCCUGGCAUAAUCAUGUACAGCAUGACUUUAUGGCACCCGUUGCUCAUGAACGGCGUGAAAUGAUUGGCAAUGUUCUCUUAUACUUUUAUUUGCUCGCUUCUGCCCUACGUCUAAAGACGCCCAUGCCUCCUUAUUUCCCCCCAGCUAGAAAGGCCUGGCAGCAGCUCCUGUCUCAUCUUAAAAGUGCGCCUAUUGCCCAAUCCAAGCAGUUAUUAGAACAGGAUAAUGUCUAUGUGUUUUAUUAUGCAUAUGUUACUCUCAUGGAAGAUGUAAUUCGUGAAUUAGACAAGCUGGGUGAUAACAUGACCAAACUGUUUGGAUCGCUUGUGCCAAUCGAUCAAUGGGAGUUACUGUUUGAUGAAGAGCAUAAUAUUUAA